AUGGCCCUACGAUCCCUGCUAUCUGCCGCGCCCUUCCUCGCGCUCGCACACACCCGGGAAAUCACGUUUCCGCCAGUCACGGGAUACUCGUCCCAGCACGUUAUGCCUCAAGACUGGUUGGAUGCCGACAUCACGCAUUCUAGGUUCGAGGGGCUCAUGACGUUCGCCCAUUUCCCUUAUGUGCAUUGCUUGGCGCCAAAAGGCCAGCAUGUCGAGCCGUUUGAUAUUGCUAUUCUCGGUGCACCCUUCGAUACGGGUGUGACGGCUCGUCCAGGAGCGCGCUUUGGUCCCGGCGGUAUACGAGCUGGGUCGCGGAGAAUGUCUCCGGAUGCGGGGUGGAGCAUUUAUACUGGAGAGAACCUGCUACUUGACUGGGCCAAAAUAGUCGAUUGCGGCGACGCUCCUUUGACAUUCCUGGACAACACUGUAGCCCUAAAGCAGCUUGACCAAGCCCACCAGAUUGUUUCUUCAAGAGAAACCAACUCCACACAGCAUAAAACACCCAAGAUCAUCACUUUGGGCGGCGAUCAUACGACCACGCUGUCUGCACUGCGCUCAGCAUAUCACCACUGGGGCCAAGUAAGCGUGAUACAUUUCGACAGCCACAUAGAUACCUGGGAUCCCGAUGUGUUGGGCGGAGGUAUUUCUCACUACGCCGGCGUAAACCAUGGGACCUUCUUGCAUAUUGCGCAUGAAGAAGGCUUGAUCCGCAAUACCUCAAUGCACGCUGGUAUUCGAGCGCCCGUUGCACGACCAAAAGGAGAUGUGCGUAAUGACAUUCGGUGUGGGUUCCAGAUGAUCAAGGCUAGAGAUAUCGAUCGCAUCGGCGUAUCGGGUGUCAUUGAAAAGUUGAAGGAGCGUGUAGGUGACAGUAAAGUGUACAUCAGCGUGGAUAUAGAUGUACUUGAUCCGGCUUUUGCACCCGCCACGGGAACCGCCGAGGUUGGUGGCUGGAGCACACGAGAGUUGCUGUCUAUCCUGGAUGGUCUUGAAGGAUUGGAUGUUAUUGGCGCUGAUGUUGUUGAAGUUGCCCCUAUUUAUGACAAUCCCGGCGAGACCACGGUGCUGGCAGCUGCACAGGUUGUUGAAUCUUUGAUUGGAUUGAUAGUAAAGGCGGGAGCUUAG